AUGCAGUCGCACCACUUCACGAGCCAUGACUUGGACCUGCUCGAGUCGUACGUCCAUGACUGCAUCCAGCAACUGCCGAAGCUCCCGGCCGCGACGGAUGCCGCAGUGGCGGGGGCCAGCAUCCAGAUCCCCACGUGCUGCUCGUCAUACCACACCGUGUGUACCAAUAUGCUCAAGGAGAUCGUGACGCUGCUCUCGCUCUUCUCCCCGCGGCUGUGUCGGCUUAUCGGCCAGGUCUGGGAUCUCGCGUCUCUCAACGUGUUCGUGCUGCUACAAGUGGCGAACACAGCUCUGCAGGACGCCCAACAGUUGCGCGAGCAGCUAGUCUUCAUCGAGCGCUUCCACGCGGAAGGUCUGGAGCGACAAGCCUCGCUCACCCAGCGAUACGAAGACGAGAUUGCUCGCCAGCGCGUGAGUGAGCAGGGGCUGCGCGCUGAACUGCAAAAGGUGCGGCAGCGCGCGAACCACCUCGCAGUGGAAAACGGUCAGCUCCACCUCAUCGUGGGUCGAGUCCUCGACGCCCAACAAACCAUGGAGGCUGCUCGCUUUGACAGCUCCAAUCCUGCGGAGCAACUGGCGUCGCUGGAGUCUGACGGUCAGCGCUUCUGCGAAGACGUCGCGGCAGUUGGAGAUGCCGAAGAGCGUGAGCUCUUCGGAGUUGGUGAUGGAGCUGAAGACGCACUGUCGCGGAUUCAGACUGUGCACCCCAUCGAGAGCUGCGCGACCGACUUUGAACAGCUCUUUCAGGCGCUCUUCGAGGGCGAGGAGCGCAACGUGCGCGUGCUCAACGAGAUGGACCGCUUCAUCAACUCCACUGCUGUCGCGCUGCUCUGGCGGUACGGAUCCACGGAGGAGGAACACCAAAUGAUGCACAGAAUGCUGAGUGCGAGCACCGUCGGCACACAGACCGACGGGACUGUGACCGAGAAGCCUUCGCAUCUCAGCGCUCGAAGCGGCGAUCACUGGGAAUCCGACAGCGACGACUUCGGGUCGGACGACGACAAUACAAGCGCGCGCGUAGUCGCUAAGAAGAGUCAACAAGAGCUCGAGGAUGAAGACAACCAGCAAUACAAGAAGCCGGCGAAGCACGAGGUGAUUGCAGUCACCAAGCACCAGGUCAUCCCACCAACCCUGCGCGCGCAGUUGGACUCGCGCCCUCGCGUCAAUCGCGUCCUCGACCAAUGCCAACUCAACCGAAUCCUGCUGCGACUAUACCUCGAAAAACUCGAGUGCGACGCGCGCACGUUAAGGCGUCGGCGAUUAGUCAGCGCUCGUGCUAGGACCGACAGCAGGACCCCGGACACAAGCGCAAAACCCAUCGCAGUAGUCCGCACGCCACUCCACCGCUUCAUGAAGGAGUUCUUCGUCACUCGCUACGAAGUGCCGGCGCUGGCUGAUUUCCACAUGAUGGAGGUCGUCAAGAGCUGCCUCUACUAUCACGAGCGGCUCAAGAUCGCGCUUCGCAAAGGCGCAGUCUUCGCGUCUGCUGCGUUGGUCGGGUGUCUCCCAGGAAUGCCCGAGAACCUCAUCCAGCACAUGCAGCACCACAAUCAACACCACCAGCAUGGCGAAGCAGCGAUACAUGAUCAUCCACUCCAGGAACUUUUCCAGCAACAGCAGCAGUUUGUCGCCGCCGACGUCCGCGUAGCACUCUUUAGUCAACUAUGUGAGCUUGUGCCGUUCGACACACGCGGCACAGUGGUGGAUGCAGCAGCAAUAGGCGGGAAUCUCGCCGCCUGCUUGUUGAAUGCCGUGGUGGACGUACUCGGCGACGCGCUGGAGCUGGAUCCAGCCGUACGGUCGAUCGCUGAAGUUGAGGAAGUCCCGAAUGAGGCGAGCUGGGGGUUCCCACGCCCGCUUGCACUUGAGCUCUUGACGCGACACCUUCAAUUUGUUGACCAGCCGAUUAUCGAGGACACUAAAGCUCGGAUCAUGCGGUUGGCGCCUCUGUUGCGGUCGACUUCAGUUGAAGACGCCAUCGCAGCCGACUACAUCUCGGUUGAUGUCUUCCUGGCGCUCUUUGCAACCACGUGGAUGAAAUACGACCAAUGUCUGGAAAACAAGUUGCGCGAGAGCUUCCGCCAUCAAUUGCUGCUGUCCUCCCCCUUCGCCAGGAAACAAUUGGAUGCUCGGUUGGCACGGACCAGCGUGGCUGUGGAAGGUGAAGGAGACACCUCACAGCGAGACAGUGAAGGCCCAACAGGCCGACCGGCUAGUCGGGUGAGCACCUGGCGCGCGACCACGGUGUUGCCAACCGUGUCCGUAGGAGCGACAGCGAUCGCAGUGCACUCGACACCUCUGGAGCUGCUCACUCAGGCUUGGAUGACGCUUGAGAACGAGACGCUGUCUUCACUUGACGUCGAGGAGCUUGAGAGCACGUUCCGCGGGCUGCUGGAAGCCAAGCGACUUGACGGAAAACAUCACCGCCGGCAGUCGUUGAAGAGGCUGCCUAAGGACACCCAAGACGCUCCUGUAGGAGCUGGAGUCUCCCUCGGUGGCGUGACUGAGAAAGAGUUCGUGUUCCACGCGCUCCAAGUUCUUCGACGGCGACGCAACAACUUCGGACUGCGCACGAACAGCAGACGCCCACCUCGCUUUGCCGUUUACGGUAGCCCUGUUCACGAAGACAUCGGAUCAGUAAAAACGGACGAGAUAUCAAUUCCUCUCGAGUCCUUGAAGCCUGGACUCACCACCGAGAGCCUUGCCUACGUUGGCAAGUAG